GAUGGUAUGGUAAGAUCAGAUACGGCUGUGGGAACACCAGAUUACAUAUCUCCUGAAGUUUUAAAAUCACAGGGUGGUGACGGAUAUUAUGGGAGAGAAUGUGAUUGGUGGUCAGUGGGUGUAUUUAUCUAUGAAAUGUUAGUUGGUGAUACCCCAUUCUAUGCAGACUCAUUGGUAGGUACUUAUGGUAAAAUUAUGGAUCAUAAAAAUUCUCUUAAUUUUCCCGAUGAUGUAGACAUAUCACCUAGCGCUAAAGGACUUAUAAGAGCGUUCCUCACUGACAG